AUGGAGAAAGGUCUACAGGAGAUCCUUGACUCGAUGUCGAAUGCGAUCAAACUCCUAGCAGAGAACCAAGCGGCUAAAGAGACAAGCAACUCUUCGGCACUGCAGAACGCCACCUCACUCUUAGGCACCUUUGACUACAGACCGGAAGCCGACCAGACAUUCCAGAGAUGGUUCGCUCGACAUCAAACCAUCCUCGAAGAAUCAACGUCUUCCGAUAAGUUGAGGGUUCAGCUUUUACUGAAAGCUCUAGGAUCCAGUGAAUAUGGGCGGCUACGCAACAGACUUUCUCCUUUGGCACCGGAAGCCAAAUCAUAUCCAGAAUUGGUUAGAGCGUGUGAGGAGUCUUUCGGACCCACGAAGUCACUCUUCCGCCGACGUUACGAGACCCUUGGAGGACGGGCUCCCCCUGGCACCUCAGCGGAAGAUAUCAUGGAUUGGGCAAACAUCAAGGGCGACGAGUUCGAGCUAUCGAACCUAAAAGCCGAUACAUUCAAGCUAUUUUUAGCUCUGAUUUAUGCCUCCGAUUCGUCGUUCAAAAACUUCCGCGCAGUGAUUCUCAAGACUCUCGAAGACAAACCAGAACAAUCUCUCUCUGACGUUCGCGAGGUUUUGAGACGCUUUGAAAUCCGCACGCAGGAUUCUGCGUUGGAUGCGGAAGUGUCCCAUACGAACGUGAACCGAAUCACGCAUACCCAAAGUUCCGACAGGAGCAGAUCAGGUCCUACGAGUGCCAGCUGUCGGAGCUGUGGGGGCCCACAUAAAAGGCAAAACUAG